AUGAAAGUGAAAGUGAAAACAUUAACAGGCAGGGAUAUACCGGUUGAUGUGGAGCCUCAAGACAAGAUAAUAAGAAUCAAGGAAAUGAUGGAGGAAAAAGAGGGUAUAUCUCCAGCACAACAACGAUUAAUCUUCAACGGUUCACAAUUAGAUGAUGACAAAACUAUACAGGAUUCCGGGAUAAAUGCAGGAGCUUCUUUACAUUUGGUAUUGACCUUAAGAGGCGGGAAUUAG